AUGGGUUUGGACAAUUCAGACAGCUGGCAACCUUCGCGUCAUCAUUAUGAUGCCAGUGGCUCUAGUGCAUCGACACAGGCCCAAUCCAACUCGCGCAAACGCAAAGCGGACACAUCGCCACCCUUCAACCCCAAGGGUAAAGAAGUCGUAGAUCUCACAGAAGACACGCCACCAAAGAAGCGCAGUAAGGCAGCAGAACCAAGCGAGGAAAAGAGGCUUAGGAGAUUCCGCCACGCUGCUCCCAAAACCUAUCAUGAUGUCCGACAUCGCGCUCUGAACCAGCGCAUGUUUGUUCUGGACCGCCAGCGAAGAACGACCAAUUCUGGUGAGCACCCAAUCGAGCAGAUACAGCUGGCAGGCACUACGGGCAACGUCUACACCAUCACCAUCGACAAGGUACCCAGUUGCAAUUGUCCGCACGCACUAAAAGGCAAUCAAUGCAAGCACGUCAUCUACGUACUGGCCAGAGUAUUGCGCGUGCCUUGGGAACUCGAAUACCAAGUUGCAUUCUUGACAUCUGAGCUCCGCUCCAUCUUCGCUCAGGCGCCAGCUCUGCCGGAGGAGCAGGGGAAGGAAUCAGAGGAGGAUGGAAAGCGGAAAGCCCUGGAGGGCGAAUGCCCAAUCUGCUGUGAGGACUUUGAAACCGAGAACACGGCCGAGGCAGUGGUGUACUGCAAGGCGUCGUGUGGUAACAACAUCCACAAGCAGUGUUUUGAGCAGUGGGCGGCUACGAAGAGUGGACAAGUAGUGACUUGUCCUUUUUGUCGGGCGAAGUGGGAAGGGGAUGAAGAUACGCUGAAGAAGGUCGUGCAGAUGGGCAGACCGAAUCAGGAGGGCUACGUGAAUGUCGCGAGUCAGCUGGGGUUGUCUGGGCGGAGGGACUACUCGACAUAUAAUGACUUUUGGAUGAGGAGGCAAUUUGGAUACAGCUUUUGA